GCGGUAUUGCAGUGUUGUUGGUGUGCGGAGCGGCCGACUCGCGUCAAAGCGUGUAAAAAUUAACCGAUUGCGUUCGGUGUUGUUUGUAUAACCAGGCAUAACAGUCUUCGGAAUGGCAGUUGUGACCGAUGGAAGCGGGGACGCUAGGAUGCGGGAAUAUUCCAACUUGGCUGCAGAUCUUGAACAGCAGGAACUUGAGGCAGCAGAUGGCAUCGCCAGUCCACAGGUGUAUGGACAGCUUUUAGCAAUAUACCUUCUUCAGAACGACCUCCCAAAUGCCAAAUUCUUGUGGAAGAGGAUCCCCCCAUCAUUGAAACAGUCUCAUUCAGAACUUGCCAAUAUUUGGAAGGUUGGCCAAGGCCUCUGGUACAAGGACUUCCUAGCCAUCUACACUGGACUGGCCUCUGAAUGGCCAGAGUACAUUAGGCCUGUUAUGUUGGAACUUGGAGAACGCACAAGGCGACGGGCCUUGACGCUUGUUGCCAAAGCAUACUCCUCCAUUUCUCUCGAUGAUGUGUCUUCUUUUCUGGGCGUCUCCAGGGCCCAAGUAGCAGACGUUGUGAAUCCACUGGGCUGGGUCGUCGACACCGCAAGUGGCAUGGUGGCACCAAAAUAUACAGUUGUCAGGCAUGAAGAAUUUACACCCAGUGAAGAACAGCUGGCCAAGCUUACAGAUUUUGUUGCUUUCUUGGAGAACUGAAGGAGCUGCAGUCUUUGUUAGCUGCACCAUGCAGCUCUUUAGAGCAGUACUGUUUUUAUGGAGUGUUCAAUAAACAAAAGUGAAUCAAUA